AUGUAAACAACGACAGAGAGAAUCCCGCGAUGGCGGACUUGUAUGAACCCGACUUUGGAACGGCGUACUACCGAUCUAAAGAUCCCGUCAAAAAUCUGAAGCUCAGAGUGAAAUUGGUGCGAAUCACUUCGUCAAGUGCAGUACCGGCAGCAGGUCAGCAGGAUGGCGGGGGUAGCGUGGAGCUACAAACCAUCAGCCAAAGUCCGAAGAAAACGCGAGAUGCAGAGGAAUACACGUUCACAUGGCAAGAGAAAGUUUUCAGUCCAAGAGAAAUCGAACUGUACAGUGAUCCACAGAACUGCUUCAGUGUUAUGGAGAAAAAAUAUUGUAAUGACAUCAAAAAUAUACUAGAGAAAGGUAAACCGACCAAUAGGCUGUUUUCCUAUGUGGCCUACGACAAGUACGUGAGUUCUGAUGAGGCAAUUCAAUAUAUGACAACAUCUGCAUCUGAGAAGCCUACUGCUGUGGCAGAGAAAAUGAUUCAGGCACGGCGGAGGAAAAUGGGCGGACCUAAGCGGCAAAGCGAGGCUUCUGGGAUACCAAGGACAAACAUCAUCGACCUGGAGCCAAGCCAAGACCUGAAGCGUAAAAAUCACUUCAUGGCAGCCCCUGUGCAAACCAUGUUCAUAAUGGCUGACUGCAGCCCUACUGAAAGACCAGCUGAAGCAAGUGAUGAAAUUGUAGUGUGUUCCAUACAAAUUGAUGCCAAUGGAGUUCUUGCAAUCAGACCAGAUUUCAACAAAGGGAGGAAACCCUAUGUUAUUGAGACCACAGGGCUGGGUCGAGAUGUUUAUGAAUUUAGCAUAGAGCAUGCCUCCAAGUCUAUAAGCAGACAAGAGCAGGACAGAGAGAACCGAAUGUACCGAGAGCUGUACAGUCGACACACUGAGUUUUUACAAGCUUGCGUUGGCUUUGAGUUUGAGAUGCCGCCUCCUGAAGUUUUGAGACUCGCUGUUCAUGGCGAAAUAGAGUCGGCACGAAAUUUUGAAUAUGAUGACUUGUAUCUCCAUUUCUUUUUGGACUUACCAAAGAAUUGGACGGCUGAUCCUCACCAGCAGCUGUCCUGGGUGACACAGACGUGUAAAACACGGAUAGAGGGACGGGAUGAUGUGGCUUACUUCAGCUUCCCGUUCGAUUUUGAACUGUUCUACAAACAAGAUAGCGUGAGGGAAGAAAACAAAGAUGAGAUGCCUCACCUGCCCUGUGUGCUGAUUGAGGUGCUAUCACUGGAUUCAUGGAAUAGGUUCCGGACGGAAGGUUACACAUACAUCAAUGUACCCUCUACCCCAGGUGUAUCUACCCACACUCUUCACUGCUGGAGACCCAUUGGAAACUCAGUCACAUCAGAACUACGCAGGUUUUUUAUCGGCGGGUCACCAGAGCUGGAGGAUCCCACAUACGCAGCUGUGCCCACCACGUUUGAUGGCCAGCUUUUGGGAAAGUAUGGGUUCCGCACAGAAACCACAGGCAGUGUUUCAGUCAGACUGAACACUAUAUUCCAGGCCAGAGCAUUCUUGGAACGGAGAGCGAGUAAGAGAAGUCUGGGAUCUCUGCUGGAUACAUUAGGAAUAAAUGCAGUCCAGUCCAAUAUAUCCAAUGUUUUAGAUGCCUUCAAGAGAGCACGUCAGCGGAUGAUCCAAGCUCGAGAGAAUGCUACCCACGAUCUCAUGAAUGAAACAAAGGAUAAGAAUGUCUGAUGUCUGUGUACAAAUGCAGUUUUUCCCGACAUUGUAGAGAGUGGUUGGUGAACCAUUUGUUGUGUUACUUAAUUCCGUCCUGAUCCGGUUCUCUCUCCUGGGAAACUUAAGGAUAAGAAAAUCUGUUGUACAUGUACACAGUCAAGUUUUCACCACGUUGUAGAGAGUGGUUGGUGAACCAUUUGGGGGUUAGUUCCGUCCUGUACAGAUUUUGUUUCCAUGGAAACCAAUGGUAAGAAAGUGUAUUGUAAAUACACUAUAUCAAGGCCUUUCUUACUUGUGAGCGUCAUAAGGUUACAAUGUGGUUAUAUUGAGAACAGUAAACCCCAUUACCCUGAAAGCGAGGGAUAAGAAUAUAUCUAAUGAUUGUCCUCACCAUUGUAGAGGGUGAUUUUAAUAUUGUACCAGUUGUUCCCUUCCUCUUGGAAAGCAUAGCUAAGAAUAUCUGAAUUAUAGUACCUGGUAGCAAGCCAUAAGCCAGCCAGUGGUUUGUCUGUGGUGCGCUUAUGGAAUGAUUUUGGAAUACUUGAAGAAUGUGUCAGCUAAGUAGCUGGUAAUCAUAUUUGUGAUCCACAGCACUUGUUUGAUGCCAUGUGGAAGAGAUACCUAGUUGAACAGUAGAACCCUGCUAGAAGCUUGCUAUGAGUUUGUUUUUGGGGAGCUGGUGGAAUGCCUCUAUAAAACUUGUUGGCUCUCCAUUGUAGAGACAUGUACACAUACAUGUAGCAGAUAUCGGAUGAUUAUGUUAGGAUUUGUCUUCUAAGCCAUCAGUGUUGUGUGCCAGUAAUUGUUUUUAAGGACCACAGUCUCUAAAAGGUCUGAUUUUGAAAACUUUGGAUUAGCAUCAGUGGCUCCCUGUGUUGGCAAAGGAAGACAAAUCCAUUUAGAAAGCAGUGCAUGAUUUAUCAUGUCUGAUUAUAAAUUCAGAAUGGAAUGUAAUCAGUAAUUCCAGGUUUUUUCAUAAAAAUGAGAGAGAAAAUUAGCUUCUAUGCCUUCUGUAUUUUUUGUUGAGUGCUAAGUCUGAGCAAUCUGGAAAGCCAAAUGAUGCAUUCAGAUCUCUGUUACUUGAAUUCAAAGAUUGUCCAUAUAGUUGCUUGUUCAGAAGUACCAGUAAUGUUCAGGUAGUCAUUUAUUACUCAGUUUUUGUUGCAUGAUUUAUACCUCUAUAUAUUGUAUAUUCCUGUCAAUAAUACCACCAAUUCCACAAAUCCGUCCACCUUUACCAUCGGUAAUUUCGAGAAUGCCAGUAAUGCAAGGAAUAUGAGCAGAUGGACUUGCUUUUCAAUAUCCAUCACUGGAAGAGAAAGUUGAAAAUGAUGAGGUAAAAAUUUAACUUGUUACCAUACAUUCCUUCAUGUAUGUACAGUGAAUGACAUUCAUAAUA